AUGGAAGUUUGCUGCGAGUCAAUGGCCGGAUCAGAACUGGAUUUCAGCCGUUAUGUUCUGCUGCUUGAAGGCGAGGCGGAGCUGCCUAAGAAGGUCUUGACCAACCUAUUAAAUGAGCUUGAUGUACUGAUUGAAACAGGUGAGAAACAAAAGCCCAAGAACCUAAUAGAGCUUCUUAUGAAAUCAAGGAACUUCAAUGGAGUGAACGAGUUUGACAGCAAUCAAGUCCCAAGCCUGCAUUCACUUGAACCCCCCAACUGCUGGUCUCUGCCUGUGAUGACACUAGGAAGCAGCAUAGCCAUAGCGCUCCCCAAUAUAAACCCCAACAGGGUUAAGAAGCUGAUACGUGGGAUCAGGGACGGCCUAUCCCUCGUAGGGCUCAUUGAGAAAACACUCAACAGAGUUAGAGACCCAAAAAGCAUCAGGAAUGCAGCAGACAGGGUGUGGCUGGGGAUCGAGCUCUACGGCCAAUGGGAGAACAAGACUGGGAACCUAAAGGGGACAACGGGGAAGGAGAUCCUGCAGAAGCUCUCAGACGCAGCAAAGAAGACUGUGGUCGACUUCAUGGCAAGCACUGACGAUUUCUUGAUGCAGAACCCGGUGAACUGGCCGUCUAAAGUGACAGCUGCUAACUCAAUGUACAGGGUGAGCCAGACGAUCUUGAUAUCCCACAACGAUGGGGAUGAUCAGACUAAUGAUGCUUUGUUUGAGAGGCUGUGUGUGAUUAUCUCAGAGAUAUUGGCUGCUUGUCUCACCAAUUUGGUACGUGUGAUAAAUUCCUAGAGUCACAAAAAUGUGGUGAAGGAGAGGCAGGAAUGUACUAGCCAAGCUGCUCUACUUCUAGGCGAGACGCUAGAGGUUCUUGAAAUUCUGCAGCACCGCGAUCUUCCGGGCUUGUGCUCGGAAAAUGCAGCCGAUAUUGAUGAGAGUGGAGGGCGUUUAUGGAGCACGGGAAUGAGGAUUCACCAAUUCGGAAAUCGGAUGAAGAGCGUGUGUGCAUUGAGAUGGAGGGAUUUGUUGUAGACGGAUUGUGAUGAAUAUUGGAACCAUAAUUAGACGGUUUUGGUAGCAUAAGAUUUCUUUAUGACAAGAUAAAUUGCAUCUGAUUUGUUUUCUAGCAUGACAUUUCUUUCAACAAGAUUAUUGCAUCAUGUACUACUUGUAAUCAACUUAUGCUUUCCACCUAAUUCUCAUCCAUAUUUGAAUUUAGGAAUCAAAUUGGCACAAAGAUAUGUGUGAAAUUCUUUGUUA